AUGCUGUACAAAGCGUUGUUAAAAAUACGGGAAUUCCACUGGAAUUUGAAGAAGUUUUUCUCAGGUUUUUUAAAAAUUUUUCUAUCUUCAUUUCGAUAUUUAAUUGAGGCAAUUUAA